CCGACGCGCGGGGAAUGUCCUGGGUGGAGCCCGCGGAGACUCUAGCUCUCCUGUCCCGCCGUGGCUGUGUGUGCUGGGCUUGGCUCGCCGCGUGCCGAGAUGGCCAAGCAGUCUGACCAGGAGGUGAAGUACUACACCCUGGAAGAGAUUCAGAAGCACAACCACAGCAAAAGCACCUGGCUGAUCCUGCACCACAAGGUGUACGAUUUGACCAAGUUUUUGGAAGAGGAUGACAGAGCAAAGUUGAACAAGCCUUCGGAAACUCUUAUUACUACUGUUGAUUCUAAUUCCAGUUGGUGGACCAACUGGGUGAUCCCUGCCAUCUCAGCACUGGCCGUAGCCCUGAUGUAUCGCUUGUACAUGGCAGAAGACUGAAUACCUGCUGAGAAGCCAACACAAGGAAAGAUUGCGUUGUACAAGAAGAAAAGCCAAUGUUAAUUGCUUCAACUGACAGAAACCUUCACCUGAAAAAAUAAUUUUAAUAUGUCUGUUAACCUUUCCUCCCGCAUUAGAAACAAAACAAAAAGAACUGUCCUAUUCUUUCCACGUGAACUUCUCAAGUGUGCCUUUUUAUCCAUCAACUUUAUUUUGAUGUUUCUCUACUAUGUAAUUUACUUAUAAGCAUGAUCUUUGAAAAAUAUAUCUGGAUUCUAAAAUAGGCCA